GCUAUAGGGGCUGCAGCUCAUUUGUUCCCGGCUGCACUCAUCACCCUGCGGGGCAGAGCGGGUGGCAGCAGCCCGGUACAGUUGAGCUCCGUCUGGCGGAAACACACCGGGAGGCAGAGGAGACCAGGCCGUGGAGAGGACAGCUGAACAGCCCCGACGGAAGGAAGCUAGGCAGCCCGGUGAAUCCGCGCCUCCCAGCGGCCAGAGGCACCGAGAGACACCGGGCAGGGAGCGCGGAGCGGCCGCGGAGAUGAGUGCGGACGUGGCGGUGUCUCUGUCGCUGCUCGCGGGGAUCGUCCUGCUGAGCGAGGCGAGCCGCAGGCUGCUGGCCAGGGCUCUGGCGGACACCGGGCUCGCGGUCUACGCGGUGGAGCUCGUGUCCACCUUCCAGCUGUGCUGCUGCACGCACGAGCUGAAGCUGCUGUCCGAGGUGGGCGGGAUCGAGCCACGACUCGCGCUCACUUUGACUUACCUGGCGUCCGUGGUCCACGCGCUCACCUUCAGCGGGGCCAUCGGCAACCCCGCCGGCGCGCUCGAGCACGCGUACCGCUCACGGCUCUCCGGCAGGUGCGCCCUGCAGCGGAUCGCGUGCCAGUUUGCGGCGGCCUGCGUGGCGCGAGCCGCCGUGCCGUUGAUCUGGGGUCUUGGCCUGUCGGGGCUGCACCUGCGGCACAAGCUGCUCGGUUUCCGGUGCGUCAGCCCCAUCCACGCGCCGCUGCCCAAGGCCGCCGCAGUGGAGCUCGCGUGCGCCUUCGCGGUUCAGACGGCGCUCACGCACACGCGCGCGGUUGAGGAGAAGUACCGGGUGCACGCGAUAGCUGCGGUCAUCACAACACUGGUUUAUGCAGGUGGCAGCACAACAGGUGCAGUGUUCAACCCGGCCUUGGCUUUCUCCACCCAGUUCCCGUGCAGUGGGAACUCCUUCCUGGAGUACUGCCUGGUGUACUGGCUGGGCCCGCUGCUGGGUAUGAUGAGCUCGGUGCUGCUGUUCGAUAAGAUCAUCCCUCUGCUGGCAGCGAAGUCGGCCUCGCCUCCCUACCACCCCCUGCAGACCAAGAAGAGGAAGUAAAGAGUCCACUUAAAGGAACAGUUCACCUAAAAUACAAAAAAACAACCCUCUUUUCCCUCUUACCACCUAGUGGAGUCUAUCUAUCGAGACAGUCUCGCUGUGAUUUGGUGAGAUGAAGAACGCAGCAGCAGCGGCUCUCAGAAAACUGUUAUCUGUCCAUGAAUUUGGGCUCCGCAGGAAAUAUUUCCCAACUAAGCAUUUUGUUUCUGAGGACUGUGGGUUAUGUCAGCUAUCCUGUGUUGUUUGCCGGUGAGUUUUUUUUUUUUUUAGGUACAUUUUUGACAUAUUCAGUGCCGCAAACGCCCACUGAGCCCUGUUGUAUUGAGGUGAGGGGAGACAGAUUGGAAACCCCACCAAACCACACAGAAACUCUCUGAAUGGACAGAUUGCACGAGGCAUUAGAGGGAAUAUAUACUGUAGAUAUAUAUUUUGUUUUCUGGAUGAAGAGCUCCUGAAAGCCACAACUGCAGGGAGGAUGGAUGCUUCAUGCAGCUGUUUCAGCACAACUUUACUGUGUAUUUCACACUCAGCCACACACUUCUGAUCUCUGUUUUAUCUUGCUCACCAAACUGCAGUGAUGGCACUUUUUUUUUCUGGAGACUGCAAUCUGAAAGUCUUACUUAAAAUGGACUGUGAUAAUCCAAACCGUCAGUCUGAUUAUGGGAUGAUCUGACCAACAGAGCACACUAAACAGCCGACUCAAGGCUCCAAUACGAGUACACUAUUUUAUAUCAAGGAAGCACACAUAAAUGUUGUUUUUUCCUCUGUGGGUGUUCAUAAUCGUGCGGGCCAGUUUUCAUUUCUCAGAACAGAAAAAUAUUUAGCAUAGUCCAGUGUGUCUGUGUUCCAAAUACCUAAAGGCAGGGAACAAAUACGCCUCACACGCCUCAAAUAUUGAAAACUAAAUAUCAGUACAAGUGUAUUGAUAAUGUGUCACAAGAGGAAGUGUGGCGAUAUAGCGAUGUUUCAAUAUUUCAGUAUUUUGUCCCGCCCCUAAUUCACAUAGCAGCAAAAUGGGAGAAAACUGUAGCCUCACACUACAUUUUUAUUAUUAUUAUUAUUAUUAUUAUUAUUGUUAUAUGCCUGUUGACUGAGUAUUGUAGACUAUACAUCAUGCACACUGAGCCAAGCAUUUAUUCAUGUAUACAGUAUAUAUCUAUAUUUAACAGAACUCUUUACUUGAAGUAGUUAGUUAAUGCCAUUGUCCAGGUGAGGUAGAGAUGUGAGGUUUAGGACGUUUUCCUUUUAUAAAGUGACAUUCCUGAGACGCUCACGGUGGAGUCGUCUCCUGUACGGUUAGUUUCAGCACACAUGUGAGCGGUGCCUUUGAAUCCUCUGAAGAAAACAUGUUUUCUCUUA